UGGAUCCCAUACGAUUGGUGGAAGAGGACGAAAGUUUCAAAUACCGGGCAACUUACUUAACAGCUCGACAGUCAUGUAGAUUCGGAACCUGAAGAUCAGAAAAUACAGUUGGCCGAGUAUAUCGUGUGGUACAGCAGUAUACGAACCCUGCCCGGGAUCUGAUAUCAUUGAUUUAGACUUACUAUAUAAUCGACGACACAUACAUUGUACAACAUAAAGAUAGUCGUGUCCAAAAACUCUGCAGCCUUUGUGAUUGGAUUCGUUUUGAAAGUCAUGCUUGUGUGAACCCAAUUCGACUGUAUUCAGCUGAUAUUGUAUGACAUUUGAUAGUUUAGCCGUGCAACACACUGUUGGGUCCAGAUAUAUAAUACAAACCGAGUGACCCAUUCACGAUCUCUAGUCACGGCGGAUACACUCUACAAUAGCAGGAACAUAUGUUACCAUAAACGGGAUACACUUUACUAUAUCCGGAAUUGACAACAUUAUAAACGUAUUGGAUAAAACUAGAAUUAUCAAUGUUAAAUGACCGAUUUUGAUUAAGUCCUUGUUACGACAUGCCUUGUCUUACUGCCUGUUCUAUAUCCGUAAUGAAUGACCAGAAGGGCUACCGUGUGUGUAGUACCAAGGGACUACUGUACGCCUUCGGUGUGCUGUGUGUCGUCAUGUUUGCCAGUGUCUUUGUUUACUGGUAUCAGGUGAACGAACUGUUCACGUUGUCUAUGAAACUUACGGACAAUGUCAAGGAGUUUUACGAAAAGGACGCCAAGGCAUUUAUAGAUGUUCUCAAAAUCAGUGGAUAUGAUAACGAACAGGAGACGGCAGGUAAAAAGUCAGGAGCUGGAAAUUUAGUUUCGAAAAACACCCUAAGCACAACCGCUAAAAGCAUUAAAUCAUCUGGUAAGCUUCCGUCGAAACAGACUGCGAACUCCGCGACUAAAGUGAAAAGUAAGUCAGUAGAACGAGAUCGUACGGACAACUGUGAGACAUGUUUUAGACACGACUUUAAUUAUAUAUUAGACAAUGAUCAGAUUUGUGCUCGUGACGACAAAUCCCCUGAAAUAGACCUUGUCGUACUGAUAUUCACAAUACACAAGAAUAGACUUGAGAGAGAAACUAUCCGUAAAACCUGGCUAACGUACGCUAAAAAUAACUCGUUAACUUCAAAUAUCCGGUAUGCUUUCCUUCUCGGCGCCCCCGCUGAUCCGAACAUGGACAAAAUAGUGAGGGAGGAAUUCGAUAUAUUCAAGGACAUUCUUCAGGAGGACUUCAAGGAUGCAUACAGCAACUUAACGUACAAAACAAUGAUGGCGUACAAGUGGGCCAGCACCAAGUGUAAGGACGCCAAGUUUGUGAUGAAGACUGAUGACGAUAUGUAUGUAAAUAUUCCAAAUAUUAUGACUACAUUGAAAAACCACAAAGAAAAGUUACAAACAAGUGUGGGCGGGGCUUGUCACCAGGUUGCUAAACCUAUCCGUGACCACCGUUCAAAAUGGUACGCAUCAAAGAAAAGCUUCCCCGGCAGUAAUUAUCCGGGAUUCUGUUCCGGGACCGGUUACGUUACUAGUAUGAACGUGGCUACCAAGGUGUUUGGGGUAUCCCAGCACGUGCCGUUUUUCCAUCUUGAGGAUGUGUACGUCGCCCUAUGUAUAAAAAGACUCGGGUAUAAAUUAGUAGCAAUCCCAGGAUUCAAUGCGGCCCGAUUUAAACCUGAUCCGUGUAUUUACCACGGAAACAGCAUAAGGACAUCACACCAAGUCCCUCCUGAUAUGAUGGAGAAAAUGUGGUUCGGAAAAUGUGAUAAACCUGUAUGAUUUUUAUAGAGGAGGGACUUUACCAUUUCCAAGGUAAUGCCUUAAGGAUGUCGAGGGACAUUGUGAACUUCAGCAUAUUACAUAACUGAUACAGGAUUAGAGCAAUCCCCUCUAUUAUGCGCUAGAGUCUUGCUUAGAUAAAUCGCCUUUAUUUUCCGCUAGAGAUGGGAUAAGAUAAUUCCCCUUUAUUUUCCAUUAGAGAUGGGAUUAGAUAAAUCACCGUUAAAUCACCUUUAUUUUCCGUCAGAGACGGGAUUAGAUAAUUCCUCUUUAUUUUCCAUUAGAGAUGGGAUUAGCUAAACUAUCUAUAUUUCCCGCUAGAGAUUGGAUUAGAUAAUUCCCCUUUAUUUUCCAUUAGAGAUGGGAUUAGAUAAAUCACCGUUAAAUCACCUUUAUUUUCCGUCAGAGACGGGAUUAGAUAAUUCCUCUUUAUUUUCCAUUAGAGAUGGGAUUAGAUAAAUCCCCUUUAUUUUCCAUUAGAGAUGGGAUUAGAUAAAUCACCUUUAUUUUCCAUUAGAGAUGGGAUCAGAUAAAUCCCGUUUAUUUCCCAUUAGAAAUGGAAUUGAAUAAAUCAAUGUUAUUUUCCGUUAAAGAUGAUAAUUAUUAGAUACAUCCCCUAUAUUUUCUGUUAGAGACGGGAUUAGAUACAUCCCCUAUAUUUUCUGUUAGAGAUGGGAUUAGAUAAAUCUCCUAUAUCUUCCGUUAGAGAUGACUUUAGUUGCUUUAGAUUUAUUUCUUAAUAUCUCUGAAGCACUGACAAUAUAUCGAAUUCGUAUUCGAUUUUUUACUAAGAAGUAUAUUUUCACAUUGUUUUCAUUUUUUACUCGAAUUUCGAAUGAGGCCAAUGACGAUUUUUUUGCACAAAACAUUUCAUAUAUGGAUUGAAUAUAUUUUUUUAAUUUUCAUUGCGGCUAUGAAUACCAGUAGCUAGCUACAUAUCCUCCGAGGCGCGCUACCGCGUGCCACGGGAUCUGUAGCUAGCUACUGGUAUUCAUAGCCGCAAUGAAAAUUAAAAAAAUAUAUUCAAUUCAUAUAUUUACAUAACCUUUUUUUUUUUUUUAAAUUAUCGAGAAAACGAGAAAUUUUAUUACAAAGAAAAAAUUGUCAUGUAUUAUUAGAACAGCCGGGAGAUCCCGCCUAUGCACCAUCGUUUACCGUGUUCUUCCGCUCCGCAGUUUGCAGUAGUUAGUUUAUUUAUUUUUUGCUUGUUAUUUAAAACAAAGAGACAUGAAAUAACAUCGAAUACAAUAAUUUGUGUUAAAUUAGAUUUAAUUUA